CGUAUUUCGCGGGCUGUGUUCGGGGCACGUUUCAAAUCCGUACGGACGAAAGGAAUAAAUCUGACCGUCCAGACCCUGAAUCCAGGAUAAAAUGAUGGCGUUUGGUUCCUCUGGCCAGAACUUCGUUCCGAUAUCUGACCUUCAUCCAAACUCAGCACGACCUAGUGUGGCUGGAAUAGUGAUUGGAAAAAUUGAUGCGAAAGGAUUUCCAGACCGAAAAAACAUUGGGACAGAAAGAUACACGUUUACUUUCACAAUUCGAGAUUGUCCAGUUUCCUUCAUCAAUGUAGUUUCAUGGGGGAGAGAAGAAUAUGUAAGAGGGCUUUCCAACAGUUUCAGAAUUGGGGACUGCGUUGUGAUUGAAAAUCCACUAGUGCAGGCCAAGGAUAUAGAAAAGGAGGAAAGAUUCAGCCCAUCUACUUCAAGUUGCUAUAAACUUCUAGUCAGUGAGAACUUCUCAACGGUGAGAUUGUGCCAUGACUUGGACCUUGAAUCCAGACUUCUCUCCUUGUUGCAUUUACCUGUGAAAGAUCCUCAGGAUUAUUAUUCACUUGGAGAUAUUGUUCAUAAUGGCCAAAGCUUGAAUGGAAACAUUAUCAAUAUACUGGCAUCAGUCAGAUCGGUAGGGGAGCAGAAAUAUUUUACUACUGCAGACAGAAGAAAAGGACAGCGAUGCGAAGUAAAACUGUUUGACGAAACUGUACCUUCGUUCCUUUUGAGAUGUUGGGAUAAUGAAUCUAUACAGCUUGCACAGACAUGGAUACCCAGGGAAACAGUACUGUUCAUAGCUGAUGUACGAGUAAAUUAUGAUGGUUUUCGCAACACUAUGGCUGCCACUGUGAUCUCUAAAACCAUAAUUACAACAAAUCCCGACACAAAAGAAGCCAACCUGCUGUUUAACUUUGCCAAAGAGUGUGCAGAAAAUGGUGAAGAUGAUCCAGAACAAAGAAAUGAAUCAAUUAACUUACAAUCCAUUGUGGAUGUAUUCACUGUCCAGCAGUUAAAAAAUAAAGUAAUGGACAAUGUUGGCAAGGCAGAACCCAUGUAUGGAAUCAUUUUUGCUUAUAUUACUAUGUUUAACAUUGAUUCUGACAGUUCAAAGAUAAUAAAAUCUAAAUGUGGCAGGUGCAGAUUUUUGAUUGAUGUUGGUUCAAAUGCAUGCACAAAUCCUUCCUGUUCAUCUGACACACUGAAUCCCUCAAGUAUCAUCACCAGUUUUGAUUUCUGGCUGGAUGUGUCUGACCAUACAGGCACUCUUCAAUCAUGUAACUUAUCAGGAAAUACAGCUGAAAAAACUCUUGGCUACACAGUAAAUGAGUUUUGCAAUUUAACAGAAGAGCAGAGAACAUCAUUAAAAUGGAAAUUCCUUUUGGAAAGAUGCAAGAUUUAUCUAAAGUUACUUGCAUCAAGCAGUGCAAGAAAUGGUGUGAGAACAAGCCUGCUUUCCUGCAAAGUAGCUGAUCCUGAAGAGGCCAGUCAGACUUUGUCCACGUUAGCAAUUUUCUGA